AGCGUCGCUGUCUUUUCAGCACCACUCACUGACAAUCCAACCAACCGGAGAGGCAACACUGGCAAAACUGACUUCCCUGCAGUCUACUGUGGAUUUGUUUGAUUUUUCCUAUAUUAGAAAAGUUUUCCUAGCACAAAGGAUAGCGCAUUCUCAUUUUCACCUCCGGAGUUUUCGCAGGCUGAAAGUAAGAAUUAACAUUUGUAUAUUUUUAAUUGGACAGACCAUGUGGUUGGUGGAUAUAUGAUUUUACCACGUUUCAAAUCGGAUUCUCACUUGGUUUUUCCAGGUAAACUUAGUUUGCUUGUUUUGUUCUGCUUUGGAAAUCCAGAAAAAAUGCGCGCAUCCACUUCAAUUAACGAGUUUAUAGAAGACAUCUGAAAAUUUAAACGGAUACUUAAAACACACAGGCCAGUGAUUUAGGAGUUAUACGUGGAGUUGAUGCGUCUAGUCGGGAUGCUGAGUCUCUUAGUUGGACUGUUGUAUUUGGUCAGCGGACGCACGGUGCGAACCCAGGAUGCCACAGGUGGCCGAUUCGUUUGUAACGCAAUUCCCCCGGGCGCGGAGCCGGGAUGCGGAUAUGGUCCAACGGGAAACCGUGUCCAGAGCAGCACCCCUGUGGAGGAUGAGCUGCGGAAUACGAUUAUCCAGCUCCGGGAGACCAUUCUGCAGCAGAAGGAGACCAUCGUGAGCCAGCAGGGAACCAUCAAGGAGCUCAACUCCAAGCUGGCGCGCUGCGAGGCGGCGGCGGACGAGUCGUCGCAGGGCAAAUCCCGGGGUCAGGGCUCUAGAAGGAAGGAGUACGGCAAGAACACCAUGGGAGAUCUGCCCCGGGACCCUGGCGAGACCAUAGACCAGCUGGGCAAGACCAUGCAGAGUCUCAAAGGCCGGCUGGAGAACUUAGAGCAGCAGAGUUUGCGUCUCCCGAGCACAAACACAUCAGCAGGAGGGGUCUCGGUCCUGACUCCGCUGCCACCAGAGUUGCGGGAGCUCCUGCGGCAGCGUCUCGGUGCACUGGAGACGCAGCUCCUCCGAAAAGUAGCCGAGCUGGAGGAAGAGAAAAGCCAGCUUUACAAUGAAACUGCGGCCCACCGCCAACGCACAGAAAGUGCACUCAACUCCCUUCUGGAGAGGAUCACUGAGCUUGAAAAAAGUAAUAAUGCCUUCAAGUCACCUGAGGAUUUCAAGGUUUCUCUCCCUCUUCGUACUAAUUAUCUGUAUGGACGAAUCAAGAAGAGCCUUCCAGAAAUGUAUGCCUUCACCGUGUGCAUGUGGCUCAAGUCUAGUGCCAGUCCUGGUAUAGGAACCCCAUUUUCUUACGGCGUGCCAGGCCAGGCAAAUGAGAUAGUCCUCAUCGAAUGGGGCAACAACCCCAUUGAGCUACUGGUUAAUGAUAAGGUGGCCCAGCUCCCUCUGUCAGUGAGUGACGGGCGCUGGCAUCACAUCUGUAUCACUUGGACUACCAGAGACGGUUUCUGGGAGGCUUACCAGGAUGGGGAGAGACUAGGCACAGGGGACAACCUGGCCCCAUGGCACCCAAUUAAACCUGGAGGGGUGAUCAUCCUGGGCCAGGAGCAGGAUAUAGUCGGAGGCCGCUUUGACGCCACGCAGGCCUUUGUGGGUGAGCUUAGUCAGUUCAACAUGUGGGAUCGAGUUCUGCGGCCUGUGGACAUCAUGGGCCUGGCCAACUGCUCAGCCUACAUGCCCGGCAACGUGGUCCCGUGGAUCGACGCUAAUGUGGAAGUGUUUGGCGGUGCAAGUAAAGCUGCGCUGGAGAUCUGUGAAGAUCGUGCUUUUGAUUCCUAAAGGAUCUGAUGGAAAGAACCCAGUAUCACCACUGGGGUAUGGAAGCUAAGUAUUUACUCUGUGUUGUUGCUGCUGCCAAAGGGAAGGGUACCAGUGCAACGACUUAUCAUAUUUAUACAGUCUGGCUACAUAGUCUCAUUAAUCAUCAUUUAUGGGACUCAAAUUCACAUGUUGAUGUGUCUAUUCAGUUUGAACUGUGAAGACAUUACAGGAGACGUAAAAUUAGUCCCCUCAUUUGAAGAAGAUAUGCGGUUGCAUCAGUCUACUGUAAUGAUAUGACCUACUGCCAUUCUGUAUUUUCUCUUCAGUAGAUCUUUCAUUCGACUUUUCUUUGAAAAAUGGCUCUUUUGGUUGCAUUCCUUAUACUGACAAUGCUGCACUGUAUUCAUAGUGAAUGCGAGCUCAAACGGGCUUUGAUGUGCUGUGGAACACUAUGCCUGUGUUACAUGGUAGAGUACUACAUGCUGUGAGCUUCCUUGCUGUUUGAAGAGCAAUGAAGUGCUGAACCAGAAGCACAGUGAAAUGAGCCGGAUGCUCAUGAGUUCAAAUUGGACAAGACCGAUCCUCAACGCUGAUUACCUUGAGACACCUGAACAUGGCAGAUUGUCGAAAAUAUUUUGCAUGAGCCUGUGCAGAGAACGGAAGUCGACUCAAAGUGACAGUGCAUGCACUCUGCCAAAACAGACAUGAUGUGUGGAUGCGUGCGUGAGUCCAUACAAGCCAAGGCUGCAUUAUGUAAGAGUGUGUGUAUGUGUGUGUGUGUUGUGUAUGUUUAUGCAGUAUGUCUUGUCUUGUGUGUAAAAAUACCACAGAUUAUAAGUGAGGCAGGACAUUUUCAUUCUUGUAAAUCUACGCUUAAUACCUCUCUGCCCCUUGAGCAGCUGCCAUGUCCCAAACAGCUUUAUGGAUGGGCUGGCUCUGCUCAGGUUAAUAGCAAUGUCGGACAGCUGCCCAGGACUGGCAUAUCGACAGAGCUGCGGAUGCCAGCCAAGUGCCCCGUGUGGGCUGGGACUGACCUUCAAGGACAAUCCUUAAUUCCUCAUCUGGGUAGUAAUUAUCUGUGUUUAUGAAUGAGCUAGCACUAAAUGUCAAAUAACUGUAGUCCACUGGUGUCCAUCGGACCUAAAAGGUCGCGAUCAUUGAGACCUUCUGGUUAAGAAGAGAUGUCAAAUGAGGGAACGCUAUGAAUGUUGCAAUCAGAUGGACUUUGAAAUAGUUUUAAUCAAUGGAUUUUUUUUUUGAUUUUUUUUUAUCUCCAAGGGUGGAUUUUGUGGAUGUUUGAAUCAUCUAUAGCGCUGCUCAAUGAAUAAAAGGUCAAGUAUUGUAGCUUGGUUACGUUAAUGUUUUUGCAGCCAUUCAUUUGGUUUAAUUAAGCAGUAAAAUAUUGAGAUGACUAAUCCUUGAGCCCAUAACAUGAUGUAGAAAAGAGGCAACCAAAAAGAUUGAUUCUGAGUUUCUUUCUGCUGCUUGUGGAUUUUUUUAGAUGCAAAUAGAAAAGCCAUUUAAAAAAUAACUGCAUCCAGAUUUGAAAAAAAAAAAAAUAUAUAUAUAUAUAUAGUAUGCAGUAGGUUACUGGACAGCACAGAAUGUUACUAAAAGGUGCACACUCAACAUUGCAAUGGACUUGUUGAAUACGUCGCCAUAUGUUGUGAUUGUUCCUCCUUUUGAGUGUCCUUGUAAGUUUCAAUAUAGACCAACAGAUUUCUUUCCUGUAGAAAAGUGUAUUUUUAUUGCUUUUCAGCUCAUUCUCAUCCAGUGGCAGCACAUUAUGUACAAAAAAAAGCAAAACUGCUUUGUUUUAAUGGUGAAUGGCCUUUUGUGAGAACCAUAUGUGCUUUUGCUUGUGAACGAUUCAAACCUUUUGUCAGCUUUUAAAGCACUAAGAGCACAGACAAUGAGGGACACAAGAAAAAAUAAAAAUGUGAUUGCUACCAUCGUUUUAACACCACCUUCAUGUGCAGUACCCAUUUACAUUUUGCACCUUUCUGCCAUGUGGUUGAAUGUCAUUUUGCACCCAAUAAAAGAGUGAAAAAGUUUCAGAGGUGUUACAUUUAAAGCAGUAACCUUGUUUAAAAGAACUGCAGAAUUGCAACAGCCUUUUUUAUAUAGUUGCAAGCAUGUUUUAUUAAAAUAUCAUCGCUGAAUUAGUGAUGAAGUGCAGUGUAAUCCUGCCAAGGUCACGCACCAUUCUUAACUGACGUUUCCUUAAAAGGACACGUGCUUUAAUCUUUCAUCGAGAUUAACAAAGCUAACAAUUUUGACAGUUUUGUCUCACUAAUUCUAAUAGAGAUGCAGGUGUUUGUCCAGUUGGUAGCCAUAUCAUUUGUAGGACUAGCCAUAAUACACAUGGAAGGAUGCGUCCUCUCAUUUGUGCGAUGCAGUGUUGUCAACAGUGGAGAAAUCCUCUGGACUGGCAGACUUCCAGGUGGAAAUGAAAAAAUCUGCCCAUGCGGAUUAUGGAAGCUGCUACAAUGUAGGACACUGUGAGCCUUCUUCAUUCUCCUCCACUGUGUGUUAACGCUACUGUCAGUGUGUUGGUGAUGACGCACCGGGGGGCCCAUUUUUUUUUUUUCAAUAACAAAAAUGUGGAACCUCCAACAACCAACGAUGUGAUAUGUGUGUGAUGUUUUCAUAGCACUCUCUCCCUCUCUCUAUCUCUAUCUCUAUCUAAAUUUCAAAGCAUUGCUACUGUAACACUGCAUAUUGUGGUAUUCUCAAAUGUUAAGUACAAUGAAUUAUUUAAGAAAACAUUCCAACUUGUGUUUGAAUAAAUGAUAAACAAAUUCA